AUGUUGACGAUACAAUUCGGACAAUGCGGAAAUCAACUCGGACACGAUUUAUUCUCGAAGGUAUUCACUGAUGUUAAGACUUUGAAUACCGGUGUAUCUUAUAGAGCUAAUUACGAAUAUAUGGAAAAUACAAUGGAGAAAUGGUUCGACGGAAUGACGGAACGCGGCCGGCAUUUCGCGAGGGCCAUCCUUGUCGAUACCGAAGAGAAGGUAGUGAACAAGAUAUGUAAGGAUGCGAAUGCAUCGUGGAUCUAUCGAAUAAGCAACGUCGUUUGUCAAUCUGGCGGUGGUUGCGCCAACAAUUGGGCUUACGGCUACAAGAUAAACAGCCAGCGCUUGUCAAAUAUUGUGUUGAAUAUCACGCGACAAGAGAUUGAGAAAUUAGAUCGUUUUCAGGGAUUUCUCCUGCUUCUUAGCUCGGCCGGUGGCACAGGCUCUGGUGUUGGAAGUCGUAUGAUUGAUGUUCUACGUGAGGAGUAUGAGACUAAAUCUAUCGUAGCUGCGAUUGUGUUGCCAUUCACCUUUGGAGAAGUCUGCACUCAGAAUUACAAUACUAUAUUGACUCUAGCUGAGUUCUCCGACAAAGCAGACUUUUCUGUAUUAUUUGAGAAUCAGCAAAUGCAUGCUAUGAGUACCAGUUUGUUGCAGAAUCCUAAUACCAUGUUAUACGACAUAAACAAUAUCAUUUCUGAGAAUUUGCUUGCUGCUUUUCAACCUACCAACAAUGCAAGAUAUGAUAUGAAUUUUUUAUUAUCCAAAAUAGCUGCGCAUCCCAAUUUUAGAUUUGGAACAAUCAAGAGUACUCCUCACGUUCCUGCAACAUCUCUGCAGUAUGAACUCACCCACAAGUGGGAUGUGUAUAUACGUCACUUGAAACAGACUCUUCGAAUAUCAAAAUCGCAAACGGAAUUGACAAAUGUUCAAUUAAAAACACCACAUCCUAUAUUAAGCAAAACAGAUGUGUCUCAUAAGUACAGUCCUUGUAUAUCUAAUAUUCUUGUAACACGUGGCAAAUCUGUAGAAAAUGACACUGUAAUGUUGGAAGAUCUGCAGAAAAGAGAUUUAUAUCCAGAAUGGAUUACACUAGAUUCGUUCACUCACUUACAUCAAGAACGUAAAUUCCUGAAUCGAGACAAGUUCUUAGCCUUGAUCACUAAUAAUUCAGAAAUACAUCGGCCAUUGGACGCAUAUCUUGACAAAGCAUGGAAUUCUUACAAGUUUGCAGCUUUCUUACAUCAAUAUAAACAGUUUGGCUUGGAGGAAGACGAUUUCUUGGAAGCUUUUGCAAAAAUUGAGAGCGUAGUACAGGAAUAUAAAAAUUUGAAAAGUUACGGUGAAAAUUAAGUUUUUUAUAUAACUUAUGCAAAACUGAUAUUUUUGAUUGAUUAAUUUGACAUAUUUGUAUCUUUACAAACAAGAAAACAAAUUUUUGCUGUUUUUUAGUUGACAAAAUGAUACAAGUUAAAGUUUUAAAUUUUGAUAAUCUAUGAUUAUUUGUGGAUAUGGUGCAGUAGAA